UUUACCCCUUUCUUUCUUUCAUUCAGAAAGAAAUCACAAAAACUCAGCCAAAAAAACCCUAGCCCUGUAAGCCUACACCACCGCCGCAAGGAGUGGCAUACUGCCGCCGUCCCUCGUGCUCCAAGUCUGCAACCCCUGUUCGCUGUUACCGAUCGCAGCUGCUUCCUCGAGCUCGGCGUCCUUGUCUUUGUCUGCUCAGCCGCGCUUCCGCCGCCGUUUGUUUGCUGUUCACGUUCGCGUCUUCGUUCAGCCGUCGUCUUCGUUCGCGUUCUUUGCCUUCACUUUCGCUCGGCGUUAACCGUUCGCGUUCACUCGCCGUUCACCGUUCGAGUUUGUAUUCGCGUUCAUCUGGAAGCCACGUUGCUCUGCUUCAAACUCUGCGACCAACCCGCGCGCUCCACCUAGCCGUCGAACUGCUCUCUUUUGUUGCCGCCCACCGUAAUCUCCGGCCACGCAGAUUGUAUUCCCUUCCCACCGGUGGCGUUAGCUUCUUCUCCAUCCGCGGCGACGAAUUCUCAACUGUUCACGGCUGUAGCAUCUUCUUUUUUCGGGGCACAUACGGAUUAAAAACAAAACUAUGGCUGGUAAAGCUGAAGGUAGUGAUCACAGGGAGCCAGUUAAUGAACAAGCAGUUGCAAAUAUAUAUGCGGCAAUGAGGUCUGAACUCAACCAAAUUCACUCGAAAAUCACCGAGCUGGAAAUGGAAGUUAGCGAGCACUCGCUGGUAGUUAAUGCCAUUCAGCCGCUCGAUCCCUCUAGGCGAUGCUAUCGAAUGAUUGGGGGUGUUCUGGUCGAGAGAACUGUGAAGGAGGUCUUGCCUGCGGUGCUGCGCAACAAAGAGGGACUCGAAGAAGUUAUUAGCAGGCUCAAUGAAGCAUUGGAAAAGAAGAAAAAGGAGAUUGUUGAGUUUGAGGCUAAAUAUAAAAUCAGGAUAAGGAAAGCUGAUGCAGAGGUGAAGGAUGAAUCCGGUAGGAAGGAAGGCACCGCUCAAGGCGUUCUUGUUGGCCCUGCAGGUGGAAGUGAAGCAUAGAUCAGGUCUUAGAAUGUUAGCAUGUAGUCUUCUUUACUCUUGUACUUUAACAUGUUGUGGUGUUCUGAUUUGUUUGUGAGGAUUGCCUUAAAUAACAAAUGUUACAUCUUUUGAUCUUCUUUUGAGCAAGUCUUUUGGAAGAAACUGUUCUUAGACAUGUUCUCAUGUAGGAUUUGACUGCAAGUACAUAUGAUAUGAUUAGUAAUUGCUUCAGCUA